UUCUUAACCCCCCCAAAAAAUGGAAAAAGAGAGUGGAGUUGAAAAUUGAAAUGAGAGUGACCUGAAAGAAACUCCAGUACUACACCCUGUUCGUUAUUUGGUCCGCAGCACCCCGAUCCGGAUCCUAACAGACCAUUUUCCGCUAUCGGAUUCAAUCUCUCUUUCCUCCUAAUCCUGCGCCGCCGUCUGUCUUCGGCCGACCGUUUUUAAGUUUUCGCCCUCCAUGAAAUAGUGGAUGCUAAAGGUGGAAUAGAGAAUGGACAAAUUAAGGGAAUUUGGGAGAAAAGCUUUGUUCUAUGUUAGGGUUCUCUCCGGAUAUGAAGAACGUAAAAUUCGAAACUACAGAUUGCAGCUCGAGCAACGCCUGCAGCAGGCACAAGCAAGGAAAGCAGCCUUAAGAAAGAUUCCUGAGCAGACUGUGUUACAAGAGGUUCGCCGAAUGGUUGAGGAUAUGCAAGCUUUGAAUAAAAGGCUUGAAGAAACUGAAGCUGCCAUUGAAGAGUACUUCAAACCAAUAGACAAGGAAGUGGAGACAAUAAUGAAAAUCCAGCUUGAUGGAGAAGAGAAGACAAUGAAAGAGAUGAUGACAACAAUGCAGAGACAAGCCUUGCUUGAGAAAAUGGAAGCUGAGAAAAUCGCAAACACGCAUCAACCAGACGCAAACCAAGGUAACCAGGAUGCUACUACAUCUAGCCGCGGUCAAGAUGCUCAAAUGAGAUAAUCAUCAAAAUUGACCUUUAGGAACACUUAUAUUUUAUGUUGGUAUUGAGAGAGGAGUUUUGAAUAAACGAAGGCUGUUAGUGCGAAAUUUCGAAACCUGUCUAAAGGCUGAGUUUUGUAAUAGUCAUACAACAGAGAGUUGUUAUUAUUUGCUUAAUUGUACCAAUGAUUUAAUUGCAUGGAUACUAGAUUGUUUCCAUUGUCCGUAUUAUAUCUACAUAUUGUGUUUGGGAGUUAGUAUGAUUA